AUGAGUUUUCGUGGCGGUCGCGGAGGUGGAUUCAGAGGAGGACGUCCAGGAUAUCGUCCUUUUGCCCCUGCUGGUCCUCCUGAUCAAGUUUUAGAAAUUGGAGUCUUUAUGCAUGAUUGUGAAGGAGAAAUGGUUUGUCAAUCUACCAACCCCAAGAUCCCUUACUUCAAUGCUCCUAUAUACUUGGAGAACAAGUCUCAAAUUGGCAAGAUCGAUGAGAUUUUGGGACCCAUGAAUCAAGCUUACUUUACCGUUAAGCCUUCAGAGGGCAUCGUAUCUAGCUCUUUCAAGGUUGGCGAUAAGGUCUUCAUUGGAGGUGAUAAGCUCCUUCCCUUGGAACGCUUCUUACCUAAGCCCAAGGGUCCUGCUGUCAAAAAGCCAAAGACUGCUGCUGCCGGUCGCGGUGGUUUCCGUGGUGGCCGUGGCGGUGGUGGUUUCCGCGGCGGUGGUGCACCUCGCGGCGGUGGUUUCCGUGGUGGCCGUGGAGGAGGUGGUUUCCGUGGUGGUGGACCACCUCGCGGUGGUGGCUUCCGUGGUCGCGGAAGAUUUUAA